ACAGAUAGGAGCUGGCUCAGAGGCCUCCGGGUCCCGAGCAGUGAUCACUGAAGCAGACUCUGACCGGCACACGGAGGACUUUACCCCCAAACUCCCCUCGGUUCCGCCCAUCUACAUCCACCGAGGCCGCGGCCUACCUGACCGUACGCAUCCCCAGCCUGUCCUACCCGUCCCGCCCGGCUCAGUGACCCCGUGCGCCGCCUGCAGCCUCAGAGACCACCGUGUCCUCCCAGCAGCCCCAGGCUCCAUGCCACCGCUACGGUUUGCGGCGAACAUCUCCUGGCUUUUCCCGGAGAUCCCUGACCUGCCCGGCCGCAUCCGUGCUGCGGCCAGAGCGGGGUUCCAGGCGGUGGAGGUGGCCUGGCCCUAUGCCUCAGACCCGGCCUCCAUCCAAGGCGCCCUGAGGGAGCAUCAUGUGGAGCUGGUGCUGCUGAACACCCCCCCAGGGGACGUGCAGGCCGGGGAGCUCGGACUUGGCGCUGUGCCUGGGAGACAGGAUGGGUUCCGUGCCGGACUGGAUCAAGCGGUUCACUGGGCUGGUGACUUGGGAUGUAAGAGGAUACAUAUCAUGGCAGGACGCGUGCCCGCCGGACAUGAGAGGGGGUCCAUUGAGAAGGAGAUGGAGGAGACCUUUAUUGAGAACCUGAGAUAUGCAGCAGAUGUGCUAGACCAGGCCGGGAUGGUGGGACUCAUAGAGCCAAUAAACAGCCGCAUUACCGAGCCGCGAUAUUUCCUGAACACCCCGCAGCACGGGGCCUCCAUCCUAGAGAAGGUGGGGAGACCCAAUCUGAGGCUUCAAAUGGAUGUCUAUCACUGGCAGAUCAUGGAUGGAAAUCUAACACAGAAUAUUAAAACAUACUUUCCUUUGAUUGGUCAUGUCCAGAUCGCUCAGGUGCCGCAUCGGAAUGAGCCUGACAGUCCCGGAGAGGUGAAUUUCCUGUAUCUGUUUGACCUCCUGCAGGAACUUGGAUACCGGGGCGAUGUUGGAUGCGAAUAUAAACCUCUUGGGAGCACGGUGACUGGACUCGGCUGGAUGGAGGCAUAUCACAAGAGGUUUCAAGUCCAAGGCAGACCCGAAUAAAUCUCUGAAUUACGUCCAGAGGAUCUAGGAUCUGAAUGUCCAUAAGUAGCUGAAAAUCAUAUGAGAUGCGCCAUCGAGGGGUUGUAAAACAAUUUGGGGAAAAUAAAGAAAAACGAAAAGAUGGGGGAAAAAAUUACAUUCACAGGGGGUUAUUCAAUUAAGUGCCGUUUUUUAGACUGGUAUUCAAUUGUGCCGUUUUACAGGGUAUUCAAUUGCGGGCGUUUUCGCCCUUUUUUUAAUCCAUUUUUCGCCCAUUCCCAUUCGGUGGCGAAUUCACAGAUACACGUGGGUUACGCCAGUGCUGGAUCUUUCGACCUGUCGAAAUAAUGGCACGGGCAUUGAAUAGGUCGCAUGUAAAUUCGACCUAAAUACAGGCAAAAAGUGCAGUAAUUGAAUACCCCCAAUAUUCUCUAUGUGUCUUUUAGUGGCUUGGAACUGUUUAGCUUCAUGGGGAAUAUUUAUCAAAACUUGGAGAGAUAAAGUACCAAUCAGCGCCUGUCAUUUUCCAAACACAGCCUGUAAAAUGACAGUAACCAAUUGUUUUAUACUUGAUCUCUCUCCCCUUUCCAAGCGUUGAUAAAUCUUCCCCCAAGUUUGAAAACAUUCCCCUUCUGGUUUAUAAUAUGUUUAAGGCUAUGUUACAUAUAUGCUGUAAGUAUAAUAUUUUGUUACAAUCAACACACUGACAUCCAGAGGCGCAAAACUUAUUCGUAUAAGAUACUUUCAAUUUAUUCAAAUAAUUAAGAUUUUUCUAUUACAUAUACAUAUCAUUUACAUAAAAUCUUACAUCUUGUAAUUACCUCCAAAAUUGGGCUUCUUCAGGUUUAAGUUUAAAAUAAACAAAUAGUUUGUAACAGGAA